UAUUAACGUAAGUGUCAUUUUAAAAUGUUUCCUCUCCUGAAUGUUGUGGAAAAGUGAAACCAGCCAAGUCAGUCUGAAACAAAUAACUUAYCUAGUUYGACAGCCCGUAUCAUCACUAGCUAGCAUUUACAUURCCCUAAAGUGCGAUAUAUAGUUAGUACCUGCGAUGUCUGGUCACAGCCACGGCUGCUGUGAAGARGAGCACGAGCCAGCGGAACGGGGCCUGGAGUAUGCGCUGUAUCAGCGCAUUGACAUCGAGAAACUGCAGUGCCUCAACGAAGCAAGAGAAGGCGAUGGGAAACUCGUAUUUAAACCAUGGGAUCAACGGACAGACAGGGAGAAGUUUGUUGAGAGUGAUGCUGAUGAAGAGCUCCUGUUCAACAUCCCGUUCACCGGAAGUGACAAGCUGAAAGGGAUCAUCAUCGCCGGUGAAGACGAUGAAUCGCAUCCUGCUGAAAUGAGACUAUACAAGAACAUACCCCACAUGUCCUUUGAUGACACAUGCAGAGAACCUGAGCAUGUCUUCCGUCUCAAUAGAGAUCCACUGGCUCAGCUGGAAUACCCAACUAGGAUUGCCCGUUUUUCCAACGUUAAUCACUUGUCAGUUCACAUAUCACGGAACUUUGGGACAGAGUCCACACGGGUCUACUACAUUGGGCUGAGAGGGGAGUACUCCCAGGCUCAUAGACAUGAAGUGACCAUCUGCAACUACGAGGCGUCCGCUAACCCUGCAGACCAUAAAGUCGACAGCAUCAUCCRACAAACAAAUGUAAUCUCCUGAGAGAAAGGAGGGGUGGGAUAGUUGCAUUGACAGAGAUGGGUCAAAAGGAAGUGUGAUGGAUACUUAGGCCUGGUGGGUGAACUUUCUCAUUGGAGGUCAGGUAUGCCUAAUACUGAACAUAAGUGUCUAAUCUGGAUUUUCUCAGUUACACUUAUUGUAACACCGAGUGGAGGCUGAAAGAAGUACGUUUUCGUUUGGUAAAUGAAUACAUUUAAUGUCAGUUGUUGGUAACCCUGUGAUAAAGCGUCARGGUGCUUUUAUCUAAAACUAUAUCUGGACACUGUCUGCCACCUAGUGGUUUGUUGUAAUAUGACAACUUGUCUCAGCAAAACUGGAAUGACUCAAGUCCCCUGCAGUGGGAGCUCACUCYCAUUCUUUCAUCCAAGCUCUGAAUUGCUUGGCAAUAAUGUGACUAUGUAGACAUUUUGACACAACCAAAGUAGAUCAGCAUAAGGUUUUCAUUAGAUUAGACUCUUAUACACACAUURACUUUAGGGGUGAGUUGCUUACUAUACCACACAGCUUUCUUUGACACCCACCAAACACAAAAGCUAUUUAACUCUUGAUUUCAUUGCAUUAUUAAUGUGGUGUCACAUUGCGGUCUGUGACCACCAGUGGCUGAAUGUGAUGGCUUGGUGCGACAUAUUGGAGUUGGGAAUUUUCUGUAUGCCAGGCUGAGAAAUAGAAAAUGUCCUCUGCUGUUGUGUGUAAUGUAAUUAUUUGAAGAAUAAAGAUGUUACAUAAUAUA